ACAUAGCGGUACCUUAAGCUUUAUGAAUUUGUUGUUUUGACAAACGGCUCUUGACUUUUUCAAAAUGUCCGAUUUCGAGUACGGAAUUUGCCCUUACGACAAAUCGCACCGCAUCUUGCUCUUCCGGAUGCCCAAGCACUUAAUUAAGUGCGAGAAGAACUACUGUGGACCGCCGCUGCAGACCUGCAAGUACAACGCCACACACCGAGUCCAGGACAUGGAGAAGCAUCUGAAGGAGUGUGACUACUAUCUCCGCAGCAUCGAAAACCAGGCGGUGCAGAUAGCGCUUCGUAGUCGCAUACCGCCCAAACAGGAAGAUGGACAUGAUGUGGACACACCAUUUUAGGCUAAGACAAGCAGGCAUCCAAAUAUACCAUGUACAUAUGUGAUAGUAUAUGAACCAUAAAAUAAAAAGCUUCUUGAAGAAGCAUGCACAAU